AGGUCCGUGGUUAUCCAUCCGCGGCGCGUGCAGCAUGUGCGUGGCGCCGAAAUAACUAGUCGUUUACCAGUUCACGUGGCGUAGGCUACUGUAGGCCUACUGACUGUACUUUAGACCAUGAAAUAACAGUUUUUGUUUUAUAUUAAAUUUACAUGGUAUAGGACGUGAGUGUCUGUCUUCACCCAGCUCAGGUAGUCUUAGGUGCAUCCUACUAUCCAGGACCGUUUGUCCAAAAGGUCAUGAAGCCUUACCUGUUGAUGAUUGUGGUCUGGGUGUGUGUCACUGCGAGUGUCACCUCAGAUGAUGAAGUCACUCCAGAAUGUGCCAGUGAGACGAAGAACCUGAUGGCGCAGGAAUUCAAGCCAUCAGAUGCAACCUACCAGGAGCCAGAUGUGCCUAUCCAGAAGGCCACAUUCAGCAUGGGGUGUUUCUGGGGUGUUGAGUCUGUGUUUGGAGCCCUGCCAGGGGUCAUCAGGGUGAAAGCUGGUUACACUGGUGGCACCAAGGAAAACCCCACCUACAGAAGUUUGGGGGACCACACUGAAACAGUGGAGAUUGAGUUCGACCCUGAGAGGAUAUCCUAUGGCAGACUGCUGAAGACGUUUUGGGUCAACCACGAUCCGACGGAGAUCAACACAGUGCAGUACAUGUCGGCCAUUUUCUACCAUGACGACAACCAGAAGAAGUUGGCUGAGGAAUCCAAGGCAGAUCAGGAGAAGGAUCUUGGAAAAAAGACGUUGACGAGAAUCUCACCAGCCAGUGUUUUCUAUGAUGCUGAAGACUACCACCAGAAGUAUUUUCUCCGUCAGCAUACAAACUUUGUCAAGAGUCUCGGCCUAACGAAUCGCGACUUUCUCAUCUCAUGGAGAGCCACCAAACUACUGGGCUACAUCACCGGAAACGGAGAUGUGGAACACUUAGAGCAGGAGAAAGAAGCAUUGGGCCUGAGAGAUGAUCACAUGAGUUAUCUGUUGGCAGCGCAGAACAGCCAGACAGAAGGGAGUUGCUCGGCAAAGAAGGACGAACUUUGACCCAGCUGUGGGCAGCUUAUCUGGGUUGGAUCAGUUCGGUUCGAGGGUGGGGGGGACUUUCUCAUUGUUGAAGGAACAAUAAUUACAGCAAUAUCUGUGAACGAGAUUUGUGGAUACUAGUUCGUGAAUAGCUGUAUCAUGCAGUAUGUGAGAUACCCGUUAUUUCAAAGGAGGUAUGAGGCAGUCCCUCCAUUGCAUCCUUGGGAGCAGUCUGGAGGGCAGGUGAUGCCAGGGGACAUUGAAAUAACUUCCUUUCAAGGCAGUUGUGACAGAGUCGACCAUUUUAAAAGGCCAAGUUGAAGUACGAUAAUUGUUAAGUGAAUGUCUGUCUCACUAAUAAUAGGAGGAACACUUCUUUCCUAUUCAAACCUUAUCUCCACAAAAAUCUCAUUGUUAAUUUCCAGUAGUAUUGUAACUUUACAUUUCAAACUCAAUCCUUUGUCAUCAGAGGGGAACAUUAAUAUUUAGUUUGACUUCUAAAGAAACAUAUUAUGUCCUUCAAAAAGCAAUUAUUUUUUGAGAAGAUAAUGAUAUCCCUUUAAUUGUGUUAAUUAUUUGACAUUUUCCACGCCGUCAAGUCUUUUCUGAUAAAUUGUAACAGAAGUUUUGAAAUACGAGUUCAGUCUGCAUUUCAAUUGCAUAUACGUAUAUAAUUUUUUAAAGAUAAGCCGAAGUAACACGUUUUUGGUCUGUUCAGAUCAUGUGUGAAUCGUUGAAAAUUUUUACAAACUUUACUAAAUUAAUUUUCAGGAUAUUUUCUGUGACAACGAUAUUCUGGGUUGUCAUUGGUCUUGAUUUGUGAAGCAGUGAGCCUGUGUGCUCUCUCUGCAAUUUAACUUGUUGAAAUUCUUUGUAUAAAUACCAAGUUCAAAAGUACUUAA